GUAAGCGACUAGCGCGCGCUGUGUGUGUCGGUCGGUCGGUCGGUCGUCGCCGCCAUGCUAGUGGUUAGUUUAGUGAACCAAACAUCAUGAUGUGGCAAAACGUUCGCACGAGCUAAGACUGAAGUAACGCCGCGUUACCGGCGGGCAGUCGUUAUGUUAUCCAUAAUAACUCACGACGUUCGAUAAGCGUAAAUUCGUAACGUGAAAAAGUACAAAAAAAAAACAAAAAAGAAAAAAGCGAAAAAGCUUCCGUUAAAAGCUCUCGACGGCAACUGUGGCGAUAAAAAAACGUCGGAGUGCUCGCGAUUCCUGCGUGCGGAACCGCACAAUACUACGUCAAUCCCGAUGUAACUUAAAGUUUAAAUCGUAUAUUCGACCAAACGUUACGGAAUAAUCGUCGUCACGGUAUUACGCUAGGAGUGACGAGUGCCAACGAUCAGCCUCCAUCGCGCGGCAAGGAGACGAUCGCGAGUCGUAUACACGUCAAUGUGUCAGAUAAGAGGCUAACCUUUUGAGGACAAGUUCGUGCUCAAAGACAAUGCGAUGAAAUAGCACGAUUGAACUUAUGUGGCGUGUCGUGGAACAGUUUUACAGCGUACAAACGACUCGGGAGGGGGUGGGGAUGAAAAUAACAGAAAGGAAAAAACUAAGUAAAAGAAUUACGAUGCUAAUUUAUACAUUGUACUGGGAGAUUCUUUCUUUUGUUUCCUUGUCGAAAAAAAAAAAAAAAAAGAAACGUAUAUACUUUCGUUGUCCAUUCACGCGACGAAUCGAAUCACAUUGAACAAUCAGAGAAGUAAAAUCUUAGGCGAUAAGAUGUAUCACUUAAAACAAAGGAGAGAGUAGAAAAGAGAGAAGAAGAUGAAAAGAAAACAGUUUAAAUGUUGAAUGAUGUGUUAUUAGGAAUACGUAAACGUAUUAAACACGACCUUUAUGUUAUUUUCCUAAGUAACGAAACAAACGUUUCUUGUGUAUUUUCAUCUAAUUCGUUCCUCCUCAAAUUAUAUGGAUCCUCUUUCAUGUAAUUUUGUUAAACUGUAGUUUCACCAUGCAGACGCAUACAUUAUGCUGGAUCCAAGCGUUCUAACGGAUUUAGAGGAACUGACGCUUUGCAGUUAUUGCAAGCAGAAGUAUAACGACGCGGAACAAUGCCCGAAGUAUCUUAGUUGCAAGCAUUACUUUUGCUUGCGUUGCAUAGAAAACAAUUUGUUAAAGGGACGUGAGUUGUUUUGCGCGCAUUGUUGGAAGAGGACGGACCUGGGUGAUCAAGGACCGGACGCUCUGCCGACGCACUCCUCUCUCCUUGCUCUAACGAAUAAUUUGUCUCACUUAAAAAUCACGACGAACAACACAUCUGGGAAAACGAACGAUAAGGAAAGAAAGAGUGAGAAUUGUCACACGCACGGAAUGCCUUUGGCAUUGUGGUGUGCGACAUGUUGCACGGCGCUUUGUAGAGCAUGUGCCACUCCACAGGAACACCCAGGUCACCAAAUUAAAUCGCAAACUGAUGCCAAAGAACAACUCAUCUCCGACGUUCAAUUGGAAUUAGUUGCUAUGGGAAAGCUAUCGACCGAGAUUCAAAGACUGGCUAUGCAACAACGAGAAUUCUUAAUAAAAGUGUUGGAGGCUUGUGUAACGUUGAAAACACACGUCGAGACUGAUCUUCAGAACGGCUGGAGUCAUUUUCCUGAGAUAACGGACGCGCGAGAAACACUUGGGAAAGCGAAAGCUAGUCUUCAGAUGAUCGAAAGCCCUAGCGACGUGUACAAUUUGCAUUCGCAGCUCAUACUAGAGAAACAGAGAUUGCAAUCGAAGUAUCAAGAAAUGAUGUUGCAGUGCCAACUCGACGAUCUGAUUGGUAACUCGGGAGUGGUGUUUGAUUUCGCGUUGUUGAAACAAGCGUUAGCUGGGAUACACACGGGAGAACCGAUCGUUUCUCAAGGAACCAGCAAUGGCGGUAGAUUACCAAAUCAUUUGGCGGCUUCACAGAAUCCGAUACUGUUCCUCGCAAAUUAUUGCAUGUCGCAGCUAUAUUCGAGACAUGUAGUUAGUAAGCAACACAUGCAAAACGGUUCUAUAGAGUAUCAUUCGAGCAUGAUGCAGCCGCAACCAGCUCCACCGGGCUCCGUUCAUGUACACCAAGGUCCACCGCCGCCGGCAACCCCGCAGCAACUUCUCAUUCCACCUGGUUCGCCGUCCGUUAAACCCGUUCCGCCCGCGCCACCGAACGCGAUGCUACAUCCGCAGCAACAAUCGACAUUUAUACCGGAGGGAGUCGGUACUGGCGGCGGGAGUUUGGUAACCGUCCACUCAUCCUCUCAACCGCCGUCCAGCGGAAUAGCAGCAUCCCUUCGAGGGCCCUCGAACCCUUAUCCUCUAUAUUAUUUCAACAUCGAAGUGAACGGAUCUCCGCAUGGCCGUAUCGUGAUAGAAGUGAGGCCGGAUGCAGCGCCGAAAAUGGCCAAAAAUUUUAGUGUUCUGGCGACCGGUGAAGUCGGAGUCGGUUACAAGGGCUGCACGAUUUUUCAGUGCUGGGAGGGUGAGUCCGUGAUCACUGGUGAUUUUGAGCUGAACAAUGGCCGCGGAGGAAGAAGCAUAUUCGAGGAUGGGUACUUUAUGCCGGACGACACGAAAUUCCCUGCAGUGAGGGGUGCAGUGGGAAUGCGGAGAACGCAGAAGCGGCACGAUAACCUUGGUAUGGUCGGUUCACAGUUUCGUAUAAUACUGCAAGAGAUGCGCGGAUUCACAGGGAUAUUUGGCCACGUUGUUGAAGGAUUGGAAUUAGUCGAGAAGAUAUCGACGUUCGGCGAUCAAACGGGCAAGCCUACGAAGAAUAUUCUAAUCACGAAGUGUGGCAAAUUGUAACGGUAACAUUACUACGGUUAGUAUAUACCGAAGGGUAAUCAAGUACUACCCGUAUACUUUACGUUCUCCCGCUAUAGAUAACUGAAAAACGAAGAAAAGAAAAAAAAAAAAAAAAAGAAGAAGAAGAAGAAGAAGAAACACACACAGAAAAGGGUCUUACGAGUUCGCGACGGUAUCUCUGACGCGUUCGAUACAGGGAAUGGGGUGUUUAAUUAAACAAACAAAACAAAACAAAAGAAAAAAAAAAAUCACGUAUAUAUAUAUAUGUAUAUUAUAAUAUCCGACGACAAAUGAUAUUAAAUGUUGAGAGACACCGUCGCGACCAUAUAGCUCCAUGAAUCGCGAUGCUCCGUAUGAGUCACACAAUUUAAUUAACUAUUAACAAUAGAAUUCUAAAGAUAUUGAAAUCUAUUUUUAAAACGUGGACGCAUAAGAGAAGAAAGAAGAAAUAAAAAAAAAUCCAUAUUUUGCUAUUGAUUGGGAAUCAAUGAGAUUCUGUAUCUACAAUAACGACGAUGAUCGAUAAAUACGUACCUCAAGAUCGAUCGUGAUAUCGAUACGACUUCUAGCUGUACGACGUUUGUUUUAGAAGAAGUUCGACGUUUAUUUUGGCUAUUGGCAUAUUGCUAUGUAUAGUUGAUAUAGAGGGUAUCGCACGGGGGGUUUAAGAGAAAUGCCGUGAUCAACGGCGUCGCGCCCUGCGGGCGUUGCUAAUGUUUUAGGGUCAUAGGUAGUAGAAAACAAAAAGAAGAAAAAAAAAAAAAACAUUGUAUAGAUGAGGAAUACGUACGGAAAAUGGGGGCAAACUUGUAUGUGUAUACACAUAUGUUCAUAUAUUUGUAAAAAAAAAAAAACAAACAAACAAGAAAAGAAACAAACAAACAAAACGUACAGGCGAGAACCUUUUUUUUUUUUUUUGUUUUAUAAUACGAAAUACGUGACUUCGUAAAAAGUCAAAAAGUCGUGAUUCCACAUACGCAGGUCGUUUAGAACAUUAACCGAACGAUACGUCGGCGCGUAAAAGGGCCAAAUUUUAUUUCGUCCGGUUAAUGAUCAUGUAUCGUUCCGUUUCUUUUUUCAAGAGGAGAAAUAAAAGAAAAGAAAAGAAAAGAAAAAAAAAAGAAGAAGAAGGAGCUAAAAGGGAAUAAGUAACUGCGCGAUGAAACGAGUCGAGGAAAAUUGCGGUUCCUAUCGAAUGACUCGAAAGAUAUACUAUUCCCUUUUUGCUCUUUGCCGUCUGGUCUGGCAGACCGUCGUAAAUUAACUGUAUUUAAGAUUAGAUCUCAACAUGAAAAUGUAUGCAAGGCCUAACUACUACUAUGUAGAUCGUAAGCCUCGUCGUCUGAUCAGGAAAAAAAAAAAAAAAAAAAAAACAAAAGAAA